AAGAGGUUUUCUGACAUGUCUUGCAGGAGGAUUGGGAAGAUAUUCCCGCUACGAAAAUUAUAGAGAUGGACUCUACUGCAGCGCAGCAUCAGCUCUUCCGCGCCAACGCCGUCAUUCAGAGACUUCGCGCCUCGCUCCAGAAAACCAAACUCGCGUCAUCUCACCACCACCUGCAAAGCCGGCUUCUGAUGAUUGAAACGCAAGAGCUGACACGCAGACAGGAAGUCGAAAAAGCCAUACUACAGCGCGAGGUCGACAAGCUGCGCCAGGAUCUCAUGUCUUCCUCGCGAAGUGUCACAGACGAUGCCGCCGACGGGCCUGUGCAGCAGCAUUAUUCGAUAAUGGCAGAUUACGAGGCCAACAGCACUGCUGACAAGUAUCGACGGCGACUCGUCCGCGCCAAGCGAAGGCUGCGCGACGCACUGAAGAUGGUCGAGGAGAAAGAGGACGAGAUCGAUCGGCUGAAAGGUCAGCCUGGCGCGAGAGGAAGAGCAGAUCAGCAGCGCCAGUCAGGUAGCAGCAGUCACCACCAAUCGCGACCCCGACGCCGAGGCGGUGGCCGAUCACGAGACAAGAACGAAGAAGGUGCGCUCGCGGCGCUGGGGAUCCUUGCGAGCCAAGUCCUGAGUCAGCAGCAGUUAGACGAAUCCGAGUCCCACGAAGGCAGCACGGUCGGUUCUGUCGCUGGAUCGCUGCCGGCCUCGCCUGUGCGCGGCGCGGACGCGGCGGGUCGGAUUAACGCAGAGAUGAUUGUCGCGCCGUCAAUCUCGGAAGCGCAGCGAUUACGCAUGUCAGGCCAUCGUCUACCGGCACGCGCACCUCAGCAUCAGCAUCAGCAGCAGGAUAACGAAGCUACCGAUCCAGCAGACACCGAUGUCGAAACCGGCGACGGCGAGACCGAGACCGAAGACAACAACGACUCAUCAGUUGGGAACGCGGCGGCGGCAGUUGCAGCGGCAGUCGAGUCAGAGGUAGCGGCGGGUUCUAAGAAAGCAUCUCAGAGCGAGGACUCGGCGACCGAGCCGAUCGUCGACGGCGAAGACGUGGCAAACAUCACAGAGAUCAGCGAGGAAACCGGUCUAUCUUCCACGACGACGACGACGACGACGACCGCAAAGGCGGGACCCAGCACCACGCCAGCUUCGUCUGUGACGCAACCCCAUUUCGAUCCCGAUAUCACCCUCGACGCGCCAUCGUCGCCGCCUAUCGCCGCAAGUGGGUUUCAAUCUAUAAAUCUCCCUGCAAAGUCACCGUCCGCAGCAGCAGCAGCAGCAGUAGCAGCAGCAGAUCCGAGGAAGCGCAGGCGGAAUUCGUCGGUGUCUACUGUCUCUAGUGUAAGUGGAGAGUAUGGCGCCGAGGGUCUGCGGAAGCAGAAGCUUGAAGUCGCGCGAUGAGAUGUAAAAGUGUACUUUAUUUGAGACUGUAUUGUUAGGAAGGAGUGGAGGUUGCGGUUACUUUGAUUUACAAUAUUGGAAAGCACUGAUUCUAAAUC